AUGCAGACUUGCCGAAAGCCGGAUGCCGCUUUGAGGGUACCAAACAGGCAGAAAUGCCCACUUGCGUUUGGAGACUUCAAAGUUGCAGAAUUGAGAUGUCAAGUUCUGACCAGAUAUCCUACAGGCCCAGGCGCAUCUCACCGUUUACUUGUGAGUAGUGCUCCGCAGAAAGCUAAUGAACUGCCCACUUGGCUCUUUCGGAAUCGAUUCUCCGGCUUCUACAACUCGACGCCGCUGAUGCAUCCAUCGAAAACAGUGUUGAUUCCGACUGGAAGGCUCACUCGGCGAACACUUCACUUCAAACAAAGAAUUGAGAACGCCAAAAGCUACGUGAGGAGAUACACGCAAGUCGAGCAUUUUCCAAACGUAUCUAUAAUGAACCGGUUUUACAACUCACUGGAGCUGCGAAGCAAAAGUGACAGUCUGAUAUCAUUCUACAAUGGGUUCUCCAAUCUCAUCGUGUCUCUUCUGGACCAAGUGCGAAGCUUGUAG